UCUGCCGGGGGCGGGCGGCGGUGCCGCUCCCCGCGCAGCGCCUCCUCCGCCCGGCAGCGAGGCGGGCGGGCAGAGAGCGAGGGGCUCGCCGCCGCCGCUUCGGAGCUGUGGCAGCGCAGUCGGCGUCGGCGGCAGCCGGACCUCCCGCCCCGCAGUCCGCCUUCCAGCGCGGCGGUGGGGGAGCACCUCCGCCACCGCUGCCCGCCUCGGGGCCCCGCUGGCCAUGGAGCUCUCCCUCAGGCUGCUCCUGGCGUCCUGCCUCUCCCUGGGGGCUGCUGGGGAGUUUGACAGAAGGUGGCCCAGACAAAUAGUCUCCUCCACAGGACUGUGUCGGUUUGGAAGUAGAAUUGACUGCUGCUGGGGCUGGGCCCGGUUGUCCUGGGGACAAUGCCAACCUUUCUACGUCUUAAGGCAGAGAAUAGCCAGCCUAAGGUGCCAGCCCAAAGCUAUAUGCCAGCCAGGAUGCAAACAUGGUGAAUGUAUUGGGCCAAACAAGUGUAAGUGCCACGCAGGAUAUACUGGAAAAACCUGCAACCAAGAUCUAAAUGAAUGUGGACUAAAGCCACGGCCGUGCAAACACCGGUGUAUGAAUACCUACGGCAGCUACAAGUGCUACUGUCUGAACGGCUACAUGCUUAUGCCAGAUGGAACGUGCUCAAAUGCCCUGUCUUGCUCAAUGGCAAACUGUCAGUAUGGCUGUGAUAUACUGAAAGGGGAAGUACGCUGCCACUGCCCUUCUCCAGGACUGCAGCUAGGGCCUGAUGGCAGGACUUGUAUAGAUAUUGAUGAGUGUGCUACUGGGAGAGUUAUCUGUCCACGAUUUAGGCACUGCGUCAAUACUUUUGGAAGCUACAUUUGCAGGUGUCAUAAAGGCUUUGAUCUAAUGUACAUCGGAGGCAAAUACCAAUGCCAUGAUGUAGAUGAAUGUUCCCUUGGCCACCAUCAGUGUGGUAGUUUUUCACGAUGUUACAAUACACCAGGAUCCUACAAAUGCAAGUGUAAAGAAGGAUACAGAGACAAUGGAACAAACUGCAUACUUAUUCCUAAUGUUAUGAUUGAACCACCUGGUCCAUAUCAUAUAUUCAAGGGCAACAGCACACUUCCUAAAGGAGGCAGUGAUAUAACCAAUGGGAUUCCUGAUAUUGGAGGCACAAGGCAACCCCUCAGACCAUCAUAUGUACCUGCUGUUGUUACAGAAAGGCCAGUGACCAGGCCAACGACUCAUCCCACACCCGGGCCAACAACUCGUCCUACACCGGGGCCAAUGACUCGUUCUACACCCAGGCUAACCACUAGGUAUGUGCCAGUGACAACAAGGCCACUAACAAAGCCAGGGACAAGGCCUCCACCUCCAACACCGCCUCCACCUCCAACACCACCUCAACCAACAAUGUUAAGACCUACACUGUCACCACAAAGAACUCCUCUUGUAACAACUGAAGAGCCUUCACAUGUUCCCACUGAAACUACAUCUUCCCAAGGAAUUACAGACGACAACAGGAUCCAGCUAGAUCCUCAGAAACCCCGAGGAGAUGUGUUCAUUCCCCGCCAGCCUGGAGUGAGCAAUAAUCUGUUUGAAAUACUUGAAAUUGAAAGAGGGAUUACCGCCGAUGAAUUUGAAGCAAAUGAUGACCCAGGCGUGCUGGUACACAGCUGUGAUUUUGAUAGUGGACUGUGCGGAUGGAUGAAGGGCAAAGAUGACGACUUGCACUGGGAACCGGUGAAAGAUGCUUCAGGGGGCCAGUAUCUUACCAUCUCUGACCCCAAAGGCAAAGAAGGCAGAGUAGCUCAUCUCAUCCUGCCCUUGGAUCAGAGGGCUCAGGCCGGCGACUUGUGCCUGUCCUUCAGGCAUAAGGUGCCUGGGCUGCAUUCUGGUGCCCUCCACGUCUUUGUGAGGAAGAACGGGGCUCAUGGACCAGCCCUCUGGGGAAGAAACGGUGGCCAUGGCUGGAGACAGACACACCUAACUUUACGAGGACUCGGCAUCAAGAGUGUUAUUUUCAAAGGGGAGAAAGGAAAAGGAAGAACUGGGGAUAUUGGCCUAGAUGAUGUGAUCUUGAGGAGAGGACGCUGCUCUGAAGAGCAUUAGCAAAAACAAUGGACCAGCACAGUCAUCUCCUCUAGCCCUUCUCAUGCCAUUCCUACCAAGCUUUGAACCAGAACUGCAUGAAAAAGAGGAAAAAGUGGGAGAGUGACACCUUCUCAGUGGUUUGCUAAGUGCAAUCUCACUGAAACUUCACUUGAAAACACGGAGAGCACCUCCUUGGAUUCAGGAACUCCAAUCCCAUGCUGGUUGUUUCUAUUAAUCCUUACCCCUAAAUCGUAUUUUUUUAUGUAGUAACUUGAUCCCCUGUUAAGCCUGGUGAGUUCUUUCUCAAAGAACAUUUGUGAAAAAGGGAGAAUUUAGUACAAAUGAUGGCAAAAGAAAGCUCCAGCUCAGAAAGUUUUAGCGUUAACUGAUAGUCAUUAUCUUCCCAUAGUGCUACUCAUUCAUUGAUUAGAUUUGAGAGACAGUGGGAUGGAUCUAGCUUCAGAGUCACCUCAGAUGAGCAGAAGCCUGGACCUGAGCUGUGACUUACUGCCACUGACCUCUGAAGGAGGGUUUGCUUCAUAUUAAAUAGCAUUUAUUUUGGUCUUGCAUCUGUAUUAAGAAAAAGCAGUUAUAGAGAGUAGGCACUGCUUCCUGUAAUAUUGCUUCUGCUGAGUUUUGUGUAUAUGUGUAUGGUUAUUAACGUAUUUAUGGUUUUAAUAUUUACAGACUCUAGUCGCAAGGUAAUUUGGCAUCUGUGCUUUCUUAUGGUACAAGACAGGAGUCCAGUAUCUUCUUUGAUCCCGCUGGUUGUGCCAGUAGAUGUGUUACCAAAGUCAGUUAAUGGUGCUCAUUGGAAAAUGCUGGUGCAGUUUUUCAUGUUGUAAUACGCUGAAGGCAAAAGACCAAACCCUUACCUGAUGUAAACUGGCAUCUGAUACCGCUGUCCAAGUUUGCGUUUAGCUCAGGAGCAAGCCCUAAAGGGCUCUCAAUCCUGCAAGAAACUCCUGGUUCAGCUGAAGACUGAGCAGCCUGGAGAAGAAAACUUGUGUCUUGUAAGACUGAGCCCAUCGACACCUCCGGGGCCGCUCCCUUCCCACGGCUGUAGGAGCCUACGUGCGAGCAAAAGGGCAGCUGCAUUAACACUGUAUGAACAGUUCAGACCAUGAAAUGCCUUGAGUGAUCUUUGUCAAAUGUCCGUAUUCCAUCCAACCCUUCUGUACAUAAUAAACAUUUUAUUCUUUAGAACUAGAACAACUCUUAGCCCUAGUUGAAACUAAAUAUUUAUCAGAACUUUGGACUAAUUUUUUAGUUAUGUAUCAUGCAUGUGGUGUGCAGUUUCCCAGGGAAUUCUUCUGUUUAGUUUGGGAUUCUUUUAAAUGAGGAACAUUAUUCAAUGCUGCUACCAAUCUCUACAUCUGACAAAGUAAUUGUAACAUUUAAGAAAAUGACAAAAGAUUGAUAAAAUGUUGUUAGGGGCACAGCCUUAAAGCUUCAAAAAUGUGUAUAUAGAAGAAAUAUGUCUCAGAUCUUUUAAAUACAAUGUAAAAUAGAUGUCAGCUUCAUAUCAUGUUAUAAAACCAUACUUAAAAAAAAUUGCGCUAAGCCUUGCAUGAAGUCCUCAGAGACAAAACUGCAAGACCAUUAGAGGACAUCUUCCAAACCCCUGUUUGUUUGACCAAACAGAUGGUCUCUUGCAAAAACUGUAUCAACAAACAUUUUGAAAAGGAAAAAAUAAUGCAUUUGUAAACAUUUUUAAACUAUUUUGCUUCAAAUAUGAUCAUGAUCUUUUUAUCUUACAUUACUUUGUAAUAUGUCAGAAAUAUUUGUGAAUAGCUGAAAUACCUUGUCCUUAUUUUAAAGUAAUCAGUAAAGGAGGCUGUUACUUGCUACUAUUUGGAAUUUUUUUUUUUAAUUUCUGGAUUGAAAGUUGCAUUUUUAUUGCGGUGAAAUGAACCAAAAGAUGACAACCAAAGUGAAGUAGCUCUUGUUAUCAGAUUUAAAAAUAAAAGUACAUUUCAGUAUAAUACAA